UGACAAUUGACCAAAGCUUUUCACAAUAUUUCUGCAACAACUUUGGAGGCCGCAAACCCACCACGCACACCACCAUCAAAUACAGAGCAACCCACAUUCACACACACACACACACACACACACACACACACACACACAAACACACACACACAAACACACCCCGCACCGCUCGCACCAUGGCCAUGUCAGCCGUCUCCACGGCCACAUGGGGCGUGAUCAUCACCGUCUCUGCCCUCUUCAUCGGCGUCGCAACAUGGAUGACCAUCACCCGGCAGUCGUAUCGCUUCACCCUUGAUGACUUCUUCUUGACCACCUCGCCUUACUUGUGGGCGUCACUUGGCGUUGGCCUGGCCAUCUCCGUGUCCGUCGUGGGCGCCGCAUGGGGCAUCUUCCUCACGGGCUCUAGCAUCCUUGGCGGUGGCGUGAUGGCUCCUCGCAUCAAGACCAAGAACCUCAUCAGGUGGGGCAUUGUCCCCAUGUUUGUGUGCGUGUGUGUGUGUUUGUGUGCGUGUGCGUGUUGUUUGUGUGCUCGUGUGAAUGUGUGCUGUUUUUCUUCUCAUCUCACCACGACCACCGCCGCCACCACCACCACAACCACCACCACAACGACUACCACCGCUAUUACCAUCACUCCCGUUUGUUUUCCGUUGCGUGGGCGCAGUGGUGCCGCGUUGUCUGAUGCGCAGAACGCGUCGCUGUUUGUGAAGCUGCUCAUUGUGGAGAUUUUCGGCACCGCCAUCGGCCUCUUUGGCAUCAUCGUCGCCAUCAUCCAGACACAAGGGCAGCAGUUUGGCAAGACAGAAUAAGCGGAGACACACACACAACCCGUGCUUGCAUGCCCUACCACACAUCCAAUCACCCAACAUGCAAGCCGACACACACGUCCUCUUCCCAACUCCUCCUCUCCUCCCUCUCUUGCACUCUUGUUCCAUCCACUACUCGACUCAUUAGCCUCUCUGUUCUGUGUCACGUGAGCUCGUACGUGCGCGUGGUUUCGUCUGACAUUGUUCGACAUUGUGUGCGUGUCUUUGUGUCUUGUUUGCUUCCUGUCUGUUUGCUGCGUGGGCACUAUCUUCCAACUCGUUCAUCACUGUUGUCACACCCCACGUUUCUCGUGGAUUGUUCUUGCUUCGUAUUGCACACAAGAGUAAACACCCACAGCAGCA